AUGGCAUUGGAAGUAUAUGGAUUUACAUAUGCCGGCAAGCCCUUGUUUUCCAGUUGCAAGGAUUCCGAGGUUUCUCUGACGUUUUAUGGAACCUUGUCUGCUAUCGUAUCAAAGGUUGCUAGUCUGCUCUCCGACUAUACCCAGGAGGACUCAUUACGUUAUAUAACCGCAGGUAGGCACCAGUUUGUCUAUCUGGAACGUGGGCCCUUAUGCUAUUUUGGAAUAUCAAAGGGAACGUACACUCCACUUACAGUGUACAGGAUUCUCUCAACUAUUCAUCUACAGGUGAUAUCCAUUCUUACUAGAGGGGUGGAACGUAUACUGUUAAAGAGACCUUCAUAUGAUGUCCAAAACCUCCUGGGAGGAACUCAGUUUAUUUUGCAGAAACUAGUGGAUAACCUAGGCGGAUGUCUAGGAAUACUCGAUACAUCAGCCUAUGAAGCCCUCCCCUUAUCUCAGUCAUCUCGCGACCAAUUAGCUACAUUUUUUACAAAUUUCAAAACAGACAAUAUACUGUGUGCCCUUCUGGUAGUAUCAGACAGAGUUGCUGUGAUAACCACAGCCAAAAGGGUAGUUCUAAACCCAAAAGACAUUAUAAUCGUUAUAAAUACCAUUAUCGCAUCUCAAUCUCUCCAGCAACAAGAGAACUGGACUCCAAUAUGCCUUCCAUCUUACAAUGACCAGGCAUUUACAUACGCUUAUAUUAAAUACAUUGAGCCAGGAGUAGGGGUUGUUUGUAUAUCAACCAGAGGUGAUCAAGAACAGUUUUAUAUACUAUCCGGACACCUUGAAGAUACUUCAGAGAAAAUUAUAAAAUCCAAAUGUAUGGAUGAGGUUCGUACAUCGUUACUGGAAACGCCAUUGACAUUCCCAUCUGGAGAAUUUAAAAAGUGUGAAAUAUUGCAUGUUCUAUAUCACUCACUCAAACUCGGACAAUUCUUUUCAUCAUCAUUUUACAACUUGACAUACGGGGAUUUUAGUCACCAUAUACUCUCAUCAUACCGAAUGGUAUCGGAACUUCUUCACAGCUCUACACACAAACGAGCUGCAAUGAUCUCAUUCGAGCACAUAAACGUAUAUGCGGAAUACAAUACGGACUAUGUAAUGUAUAUGGCUACAGCGCCAUGGACUGAAAUCACCACAGAACUUGUCGAAAAAGUAGCAGGAUAUAUAUAUAAACACUUUUCAUUCCUCUUUAUAACUAAAACACCCACAAUAACAAUGAACUAA